UUAGAAAUGCCAGGAUGUAUGGCAAAGGACUGUAUGAACUACACCAAAAAAGGUGAUAAAGAAAGUAGAAUUAGUUACUUCACAUUUCCGAAGGAUGAUCAGAAGAUCAAAGAGUGGCUCCACAAUGCGGGAAUGGAUCCUGGGAUGAUUGAGGAAUACAUCCCUAUUAUAAAAGCAGACAAACAUGCUGAUAGCUAUAGAAUGUGUUCCUCGCACUUUACUAACGAUUGCUUUACAAUGCGUGGAACACAGAGGAGGCUCGUCACUAAUGCUGCACCAACCAUUUUUACUGAUGUCCCUAAAAAACACAAUACUGAUAAUAAAUGGCUUCUUAAACUUAAAAAAAUUUGGAGAAACGAACAACCAAAAGAGAGUACCUCUAGUGAAAACUUUGAUAGCUUAACCUGUCAUUGCCAAUGUCAUCAAAAAUAUAAUAUUGAAAAUGUGUCCAAGCUGGAAGCUGGUACACAAACAACAGAACCUUCUACACAUUUUAUAAUAUCAGAGCCUCCCACUGCUAAGGUUGCCAGCCCACGCUCUUAUCUUAUGGAUCACCCCUAUUGCAAUUUUGAGGAGCCUUUGAUGUCGCCAAUGUACAUGUCUACACCUGAAAUUCAAAAGAGAAGACCUGAAGUACGUGAAUUGAUUGAUAAUUCACCAUCCAUGUCCUUCAUGUCUCCUCCAUCAAAAAGACAAAAAAAUGCAAUGAGUCUUGUAGGAAAAUAUUAUGAAAGCCCAGACUUGGAGAGUAAAAAAAAAUUACUGUAUGCUGACGACCCAAGUUUUCACGAAUCUGAUUGUGAAACACCACAAAAAAGUGACAUGAGUUUAUGUGAGAGCCUACCAGACCGUGAACUUCAAAAUGAAAAUAUAAUUCCUCAUCCCCUAAAUUUGGUUCACGAAAAAAAAUUUAUAGUUUUUGAAAGUUGCUUAGACAAAAUCCUCUAUGCAAUGAUGUGCCCUGAAUUUGGAUGUUCUUCACAAAUUUAUAAGAUAGAAAAAAUUAUUAUUGGAACAAUGAUUACAGUGUAUUCAACCUGCCGCUGCUUACAUCGUCUGAAGCUUUGGGAAAGCCAACCCAAAAUAAAGCAGUAUGCUGCAGGUAACAUUUUAUUGGCCGGUGCUAUAACUCUUAGUGGAGGUAGCUAUGCUAAGGUUAGAGAGAUGUUCGAUCUCUGUGGCAUAGCGAUCUUUGGGAAAACCUCUUUCAACAAAGCACAAACUAGAUAUGUACAUAAGGCUGUAGACAUCAGUUGGCAAAAAAAUUUGUCUGACGUAACAAAAGAACUGAAAGGAAAACCAGUAUUCAUUAUCGGCGAUGGUCAAUGUGACAGCCCAGGAUACUCUGCAAAAUACUCUACUUACACGUGCAUGGAUUUAUUUACUAAGAAAAUAGUAGACUUUGAUGUGGUGCAGGUGUCUCAGACAACUUCAUCUGUAGCUAUGGAGAAGUUGGGAUUUACCAACUGUCUUGAUCGCAUUAUUGAGAAAUUUGAUGUUCAGUUUGUAGGAACAGAUCGCCACACAGGGAUCAGAAAAUUAAUGGCAACUAAAGAAAAAUAUAAAAAAAUUGAACACCAAUUUGAUACAUGGCACUAUGUAAAAAAUAUAAAUCGUAAAUUAUUACAGCUUGCCAAAAAAUCUAUUAAUAAAGGACUUUUGCCAUGGGUUCGACCCGUUCUGCUCCAUUUUUAUUUUUGUAGUGCACAUUGCAAAGGGGAAGAGGAUGUUUUUCGUAACAUUUGGCAAUCUGUACUACAUCACGUAAUAAACGAGCACGAAUGGGAAAUAGAUGGUGUAAAAAAAAAUUGUUUACACGAUCCAAUGAGUGUUGAUUCUCGUAGAGUAGCCUGGUUAAGACUUGAGUCACCAGCAUUCCAAGCAUUGUCUAGUAUUGUUCUUGAUGCCCAAUUGAAUAAGGAUUUGAAACAUUUGACACAUUUUUGUCAAACAGGUAUUAUUGAAACUUACCAUAGCAUGAUUCUAAAAUUUAGGCCAAAAAGGAUUCACUACAGGUAUGAUUCUAUGGAAACCAGAACUAAAUUGGCAGCUUUAUGCCACAAUUACAAUGCUAUUCGGAAGCCCGCUCUCACCAAAAAAACUGAUGAAAGUGGUCAAGAAGUUCUUGUGGAACGUAAAAAUAUUGAAUUUCCAAGGGGAAGGAAGAAAUGGAUAGUACGUAAUGUUUAUGAGAAAAUGGACACGCAACAUAACAUAAAUAUUAUGGCAGACAUGAUUUCCAUUGUUGAAGGAAAACUCGUAAGUUCUUGGAAAUCAAAAAACAGAGAAAUGCCAGCGAACAUAGCUCCAGUUGAGAGGCCAGAAACAAGUGUACUUGUGAAAGAACAUAUGACUCGUUUCUCCAAAUUUAAAAAAUAAUGUUGAUAAUAAAUAUUGUAUUAGCCAAAUAUAAUUACUU